GGGGGGGUGAAGAAAUAUCAAUUUAUUGAGUUAGAAAAGAAGAGGAGGAGGAGGGGGGGAGGAAUUCCUGAGGCCAUGGCAUCUCCAGUGAGGCACCAAGAAGAGGAGGAGGAGGAUGAGGAGGAGAUGGAGGAACGCGGCGGCGGCGGCGGCGGUUUGCAGCUUUUCCCGCCAGCGGCAGAAGAGGAUGUGGAACAGGAGGUCGAGGAGCAUUCAGACAGUGAAGGCACCAAAAAGAAAAAGAAGAAAUUGUUGAAAAAGCAGAAAGAAAAUAAACCAACUAAACCGAGGAAGCGGAAGAAACUGGAACCGCUCACUCCCACGCAGCCCUCUCCAGCCGUGAGGGCGGGACGGUCUGGGCCACAGACCUCACGACGACCGCGGUCAGCCCCACUCCGUGACCGGCCUGCGGGAGGAGCGCCCGCGCUGGCGCGGACCAAAUACGAAAGUGAGGAUGAAAUUGCUUCUGACCUGGAAGAGCUCAAGGAGAAAUCAGACAGUGGAGGCAGUGACUUCGGCAAGAAAAAGAGAAAGAAACGAAAAGAGAAGAAGGAAAAGAAAAUCAAGCGACGGAAAAAGGAGCAGGGCGCUGAUGAGGCGGAGGAGGAAGGUCGCAAGGCUGAACCAAAGACCUCUGCCCGCCUACUGGAGGACUGGGGGCUGGAAGAUGUUGACCAUGUAUUCACUGAGGAUGACUACCGCACUUUAACUAACUACAAGGCCUUCAGCCAGUUUCUGAGGCCACUCAUUGCCAAGAAGAACCCGAAGAUUCCCAUGUCCAAGAUGAUGACGAUCCUUGGCGCCAAGUGGAGAGAGUUCAGUGCCAACAGCCCAUUCAAGGGGUCGGCAGCAGCAGUGGCAGCGGCUGCUGCAGCGGCGGCAGUGGCAGCUGUGGUGGAGCAGGUGUCUGCCAGUGCCUCCUCGGGGACCCUCUCUGUACCCCCGGUGCUUCCCGUCCGCAAGGCCAAGACCAAAGAGGGCAAAGGUCCUGGUGCGAAGAAGCGGAGCAAGAGCCCAAGGGUCCCGGAUGAAAAGAAGAAAAAGAGGAAGAAGAUUAUUCCCUUGAAAAUCAAGCUGGGUAUAAUGGGGUCAAAGAGGAAGAAAAGCUCUUCAAGUGAUGAGGCAGAUUUGGAUGGGGAGUCAGAUUUUGACGAUGCCAGUGUGCACAGCUCAUCCAUUCGAUCUGACAGCUCAGUCGGGCCCUUGAAGAAAGCAAAGCUCAAGGGCAAGGUUGGCCGGAAGAAAAGGAAGAUUGCUGGUGAGGAGGAGGUGGAUGGAUAUGAGACUGAUCACCAGGAUUACUGUGAGGUUUGCCAGCAGGGAGGAGAGAUCAUCUUGUGUGACACCUGUCCCAGAGCUUACCACUUAGUUUGCCUGGAUCCAGAGCUGGAUAAAGCCCCAGAAGGAAAGUGGAGCUGCCCACACUGUGAGAAAGAAGGUAUUCAAUGGGAGGCAAAGGACGAGGAGGAAGAGGAGGAGGAUGAAGAAGAAGAGGUGGAGUUAGGAGGCGAGCGGGAGGAAGAGGAUGAUCACAUGGAGUAUUGCAGAGUCUGUAAAGAUGGUGGGGAGCUGCUGUGCUGUGAUACCUGUCCGUCGUCCUACCAUAUUCACUGCCUCAAUCCACCACUUCCAGAAAUCCCCAAUGGCGAAUGGCUGUGCCCCCGCUGUACAUGUCCUCCAUUGAAAGGUCGAGUCCAGAAGAUUCUUCAUUGGAGGUGGGGUGAACCUCCGCUGCCAGUCCCUGUGCCCAGACCACCUGAUGACAACCCAGAGGAUUCCCCACCAAAACCGCUGCAUGGACGCCCUGAGCGGGAGUUUUUUGUUAAGUGGGCUGGCUUGUCAUACUGGCACUGCUCCUGGGUCACUGAGCUGCAGCUGGAGAUUUACCACUCAGUGAUGUUCCGGAAUUAUCAGCGGAAAACUGACAUGGACGAGCCACCUCCGUUUGAUUAUUGCUCUGGGGAUGAUGACAGCAAGAGUGAGAAGCGGAAAGCCCAGGACCCUCAAUAUGCUGCCAUGGAGGAGAAGUUUUACCGCUAUGGGAUAAAGCCUGAGUGGAUGACCAUCCACCGCAUUCUGCAGCACAGCAUCGACAGGAAGGGAAACUACCACUAUCUGGUGAAGUGGAGAGAUCUGCCUUACGACCAGGCCACCUGGGAGGAGGACGAGCUAGAAAUCCCAGAUUACGAUUCACUCAAAGUUGCAUACUGGAAUCACAGGGAGAUGAUCAUCGGAGAGGAACCUACCAGGCCCAAGAAAACUAAGAAGUUCAAAAAAAUCAAGGAGUUUUUGGCUGACAAGCCUCCCGGCUCGCCUGCAAUAGAGCCAACAAUUAAAUAUGAAGUACAGCCGGACUUCAUCACGGUCACUGGUGGAACCUUGCACAUGUACCAGCUGGAGGGACUAAACUGGCUGCGCUUCUCCUGGGCACAGGGCACUGACACAAUCCUGGCUGAUGAGAUGGGACUGGGCAAGACGAUCCAGACCAUCGUUUUCUUGUACUCCCUGUACAAAGAGGGACAUACGAGUGGCCCAUUCCUAGUCAGUGCUCCCCUGUCUACCAUCAUAAACUGGGAGCGAGAGUUUGAGAUGUGGGCACCAGAUUUCUACGUGGUGACGUACACUGGAGACAAAGACAGCCGUGCUGUCAUCCGGGAAAAUGAGUUUUGCUUUGAUGACAGUGCAGUUAAAGUCAGCAAGCGAGCUGUCAAAAUCAGGAGCCAAGCACAAGUGAAGUUCCACGUUUUGUUGACCUCCUAUGAGCUGGUUACCAUCGACCAGGCAGCUCUGAGCUCCAUUAAAUGGGCCAGUCUAGUAGUGGAUGAAGCGCACAGGCUGAAGAACAACCAGUCCAAGUUUUUCAGAGUGUUGAAUGGUUAUAAAAUUGACUGGAAGUUGUUGCUGACGGGGACACCGCUACAAAACAAUCUAGAAGAACUCUUCCAUCUGCUCAACUUUCUCACACCCGACCGUUUCAACAAUCUGGAGGGCUUUCUCGAAGAAUUUGCUGACAUCUCAAAGGAGGACCAGAUCAAGAAGCUCCACGAUCUCCUCGGUCCCCACAUGCUACGACGCCUCAAGACCGAUGUCUUCAAGAACAUGCCCUCCAAGACCGAACUGAUUGUGCGUGUGGAGUUAAGCACGAUGCAAAAAAAAUACUAUAAAUUCAUUUUGACAAGGAACUUUGAUGCACUGAAUUCCAAAGGUGGUGGGAACCAGGUGUCACUGCUGAAUAUUAUGAUGGAUCUGAAGAAAUGUUGUAACCACCCUUAUCUCUUCCCAGUGGCUGCCAUGGAGUCUGCAAAGUUACCGAAUGGUGCAUAUGAAGGCAGCGGGUUGAUCAAGUCAUCUGGGAAGCUAACACUCCUUCAGAAGAUGCUGAAGAAACUGAAGGCUCAGGGCCACAGGGUGCUGAUAUUUUCUCAGAUGACUAAAAUGUUGGACUUGCUGGAAGACUUCAUGGACUAUGAGGGCUACAAGUAUGAAAGGAUUGAUGGGAGCGUCACUGGUGCAAUGAGACAGGAAGCUAUCGAUAGAUUUAACACGCCAGGAGCUCUACAGUUUUGCUUCCUGCUGUCAACCAGAGCCGGGGGUCUUGGAAUUAAUUUGGCCACAGCUGACACGGUCAUCAUCUUCGACUCAGACUGGAACCCCCACAACGAUAUCCAGGCUUUCAGCAGAGCUCACCGCAUUGGUCAAGCGAAUAAAGUGAUGAUCUAUCGCUUUGUCACUCGGGCCUCAGUAGAGGAGAGAAUCACACAAGUGGCCAAACGAAAGAUGAUGCUCACUCACCUGGUGGUCCGGCCUGGCCUGGGCUCCAAGACUGGAAGCAUGACCAAGCAAGAGCUAGACGAUAUUCUCAAGUUCGGCACAGAGGAACUCUUCAAAGGGGAUAUUGAAGGUGAUAAUCGGGAUGAAGACAGCAGUGUUAUCCACUACGAUGGGGCUGCUAUUGAUCGACUGCUGGAUAGGAACCAAGAUGCAACAGAAGACACAGAUAUACAGAGCAUGAAUGAGUACCUCACCUCCUUCAAAGUGGCUCAAUAUGUCGUCCGGGAAGAGGACAAGGAAGAGGAGAUCGAGAGGGAGAUUAUCAAGCAAGAGGAGAACGUGGAUCCUGAUUACUGGGAGAAGUUGCUGCGGCACCACUACGAGCAACAGCAGGAGGACCUUGCGAGGAACCUAGGCAAGGGCAAGCGGGUCCGGAAGCAGGUCAACUACAACGAUGCUGCCCAGGAGGAUCAAGACUGGCAAGAUGAUGUUUCGGACAACCAAUCAGAAUAUUCAGUUGGUUCAGAGGAAGAAGAUGAAGACUUUGACGAAAGACCUGAAGGUCGCCGGCAAUCCAAGCGUCAGCUCCGGGGUGAGAAGGACAAACCGCUUCCACCUUUGCUGGCUCGAGUUGGUGGGAACAUCGAGGUUUUAGGAUUUAACACUCGCCAAAGGAAGGCCUUCCUCAAUGCAGUGAUGAGGUGGGGGAUGCCUCCUCAGGAUGCCUUCAACUCCCAGUGGCUGGUCAGAGAUCUGCGAGGCAAGAGCGAGAAGGAGUUCAAAGCUUACGUGUCCCUCUUCAUGAGACACUUAUGUGAACCUGGGGCUGAUGGUGCAGAGACAUUUGCAGAUGGAGUGCCUCGAGAGGGUCUCUCUCGGCAGCAGGUCCUGACCAGGAUAGGAGUCAUGUCACUGGUGAAAAAGAAGGUGCAGGAAUUUGAACAUAUCAACGGGAAGUGGAGCAUGCCGGAGCUUAUCCCAGAGGUCACUGCCGAUUCCAAGAAGUCAUCCAGAGCAUCAUCCCCUGUAUUGAAGACAGCAACGACAACACCAGAACCCAGCUGCAGCAACACACCCUGCACCUCCAAACCAGCGACUCCUGCCCCAAGUGAUAAAUUGGAGGGAAGUGGAACUCCUGCUGAAAAGGAAGUGACGGAUGCCAAAGAGGAAGAGGCAAAUGGUGGUGAAAAGAUGGAACUGGAGACUCCCAGUACAGAGGAAGAUCCUGUGGUCACUGAAAAAGCUGAGACCCAGCCACCAGUUAGUGAAGAUGUUAAAGAGCAGCCAGAAGAGGAGAAGCAGAGUGCCGAUAUAGAGGGACAGGAGCCGGUGUCCAAAGAUGAGAAACAAGGGAGAUGGAAAGAAGGAGGGGAUAACAGGGAGAAGUCGCUCAGCAUUCCUAUUGCUGAUUACUGUCCAGAGUCUCCUGCUGAGAGGGAGGAGCUGAGAGGGAAGAGCUAUCAGGAGGCUGAACGGAGUGGCAGGGAAACUCCAGGCGAUAAAGCUGAUGCAAACUUGGAGGUGAAAGAAAACACCGAGCCAGAGAACACUGGUGUGAAAGAGGAGACUAAAACAGAGAAGGAUAUGAAAUCCAACAAUAUUAAGGAUGAAAGCAAGAACAAUGGGAAGAGGGAGGAAGACAGGACGGAGAAGUGCAAGUUCAUGUUUAACAUCGCAGAUGGUGGCUUCACAGAGCUGCACACGCUGUGGCAGAAUGAGGAGAGGGCUGCAAUAUCCUCUGGGAAAGUGUCUGAAAUCUGGCAUCGUCGACAUGACUUUUGGCUGCUCUCUGGUAUUGUGGUAUAUGGCUAUGCCCGGUGGCAGGACAUUCAGAAUGAUGCCCGGUUCGCCAUCAUCAACGAACCUUUCAAGCUGGAAGUGAACAAAGGAAACUUCCUGGAGAUGAAGAACAAAUUUCUUGCCCGACGGUUCAAGCUGCUGGAACAGGCAUUGGUAAUUGAGGAGCAGCUACGGAGGGCAGCCUACCUGAACAUGACACAAGAUGCCACCCAUCCUGCCAUGGCGCUCAACACUCGCUUUGCGGAGGUGGAGUGCCUAGCUGAAAGCCACCAGCACCUAUCUAAGGAGUCGCUGGCUGGAAACAAACCUGCAAAUGCAGUCCUCCACAAAGUUUUGAACCAACUGGAGGAGCUGCUGAGCGACAUGAAGGCAGAUGUGACUCGGCUCCCCUCUACGCUGUCACGUGUUCCACCAAUAGCUGCUCGCCUCCAGAUGUCUGAGCGCAGCAUCCUUAGUCGAUUGGCCAACAAGGGAAGCGAGGCCGUAAAUACACCGACCUUCCCUCCAGGCCCGUAUACAACAUCUCAAGCUUACGGUGGCUCCUUUGGGCCACUUACGCCUGUGAGCUCAUCAACGGGCCCAAUGAAUUUCAGUCAGGUGCCAGGAGGCUCCUUUGUAACAGCAUCGAAUGGUCCUUCUGCCUUAGAGAAAAAGGAAAGUGGCAAGGAUGGAGUGAAUGUGGAAAAGAAAGAGAAGAGCGGGGAAAUAAUAUGCAUAGAUGACUGACCCCUCCCACCCAC